AUGGCGGAAGUGGAGGAGCAGGUAAGCACAACAUGCUAAUAUUAGCUUGCUACUGUUGAUGUUUAUACGUAGAUGAGCAGAGGUUGUGUCUAAGAGCAAUGCCAAUCGUCUUUUACGAGAAAUUUUACAGGUGUUGUUAAAGUUCUUUCUAAAUGUCUUUUACUUACAGGUUAGAAAACCAAGUGAGGAAUUCACAGAUGAGUCUGAGGUGAGGAACACAUUAACAUCACCAUGUACUGCUCUUUCAUUUCCAACAAAAAGACAUAAAAUUAAAUAAAUGUUCAUAAAGAAGCGCCUUUUUCAUCUGCAGCCACAUUGUGCAGAUGACAGGGAGGCUGAUGAUUGAACUCAAACCUUGGAGUCUACUGAAAGGACCCCAACACAUAGCCUGCCUUUAAGAAUCCUGCCUGAUCCCAAAAGGAUCUUUGUCAGGUUUUGAGAGGUGUCAAACACUCAUGAAUUACAGAUAGCUCUCCACAUCCAUCAAUAUUACGACUGAGCUCGGGCAUGUUAGAGUACACUUGUGCUUCUGAGAAUUACAAGUAGGCUAAAUAAAAUAUAACUUUACACAAAAGCGUUGCAGGAAAGGAAGGCUUUCUGUAUUGGAAGCAGAGAAUGAAAUAUUUGGGAAAGGCUGAAGCGGAUGCUUGCGCCUCCCAGAAGAAAACAGUUUAGAGUGGGGUAAAGGAAAAAAGAAAAACUCAAGACUUGUGUUAAAAAGAGCUUCUACAUCCUGUUUUCCCUCUUUGUGCAAGGUAGUUCAACACUGCGGGACAAGACCUCUCAGAAAAAAGUUCCUAAGAAGCUACCAACAGCUGAUUAAUAAUUAGUUUGAGCGCUUUUUUGUAAUGUAGUUUGCUUUUUGCUGAAUGCUGCUGUUACAUCGUCCACAGCAGACUUAUGUGUGUGUUCUGCUCCUGCAAAAUAAUGUGUCUUAAAAAUGAGUGACAUGCUUUCCUUUACUUUAAUCAUCCAACUCAACCUGGCUGAUUUGGUCUGGGAGGUUUUGCUGGGUCUUGUUUUGAUGCCUAAACCCUGCUGAACAAUCCACAUUGUUAGAGUAAGAGGUUUAUUUUUUCCUAACUCAGGAAAAGAAAGGAUCAAACUCUUUAUAUGUGCAUUUUACACAAUAAUACUAUUGUAACAAACGAAACAAAAACUGAAUAAAAACAAACGGUUAGUCUUUGCGAUUCCAAACCACAAAUUCAGAGAAAUGAAUCUUUUCAAUGUAAGCCCUAUUUCAUAUUAUAUGUUUUUACUAUACUGUGUAUUUACUUUAUCCAUCCAUCCAUCCAUUUUCUAUGACUUUCCCCAUUGGGGAGCCUGUCCCAGCAUCUUGGGGUGAUAGCAGGGGACACCCUGGACAAGUCACCAGUUAAUCGCAGGACUGACAUAAACAACCAUCCACAUUCACACCUACGGGCAAUUUGAAAGUGGCCAAUUAACCUAACCCCACUUCUGCAUGUCUUUGGGAUGUGGGAGGAAACCAGAGUACUCAGAGUAAACCCACACAGACGCAGGGGGAUCAUGCAAAGUCCACACAGAAACACCCUGACCUGGAUUUGAACUCGUGACCUUCUUGCUGUGAGGCGACAGUGCUAACCACUACACCACUGAUGCACCUUCAUUUAAAGUGAAAAAGGUUGCAGAGAUUUUAUCCAGUUUGUUCAUUAAGCUUGCUUAAAAAUGUAACCUUUCUGCAAGCAAUUGUAGAAGUGGUGGGGUAUGAUUUGUUAGUGGGGGGGGGGGGUCCUGAUUUUUGAUGAAAGAUUUGGUCCAGCCUGUCACAUGAGACACAGAUGGUAACAAAACAAAGACCAUUUUUUUGUAGUUGACAAAAGACAACUAACAAGAAAUGGCAAAGUUUGAAAAAUAGGUAGUUUCUCUGUGGGGAUGAAGUUUGCUUUUGUUGUUUGAUACACGGUUAAACCCGUGACAAAUGCCCUCGCAUCAGAAAUCUCACAAGCAGAAUACACAGGAAAUAGCCUCGAUAUGGCGUUGUUGAGUGGGAAAGGAUUGUUUUUGAAAAUAACAUUUUUUCCACGCUAUUGUCCCCCACCUCCAACCCAGCUGCACAUAAUGGCAGACAAUGUUUUGAGUUGAUGCACCCUCUGGGCAGCCACAGACUGUGCAGCAUUGGUUAUAAACUGAAUUAUGGGUAAUAUUCAGGCUGUGACUGGCCGCAAAUGUUGGCUCACACUGGAAAGAGUGGAAUAUCUUAAGUUUGCUUUAUGAAAAGACAGAAUUCUUGUUUGUCACUGGGGAUGAAAAAUAACUUUAGGCUGGAUUUCAUGCAAGGCAAUGGAGAUUUGUCUUUUUGCAUUUAUUUCCUGGUUCAUGCAGGACAAACACAAGUCUUAUAGACAAGGCCAGAAUACAUUUAGGAUCAGCUUAACAGGUGUUCCUGCAGAAAUUGUGGAUAUUAAAUUAAACCGACAGAAUAAAUGUGUGAUUGGGAUUAAAAGAGUUAAAAUUUAGAAUGAUAUAUUUGGGCAUUUUUGCCUUUAUUAGAUAGGACAGCUGAAGGGAGUCAUAUACUAGAUUGAAAUUCAUAUAUGUGCUCUUCUAUGAUAUUUAAAAGCAAAUAGGACAAUCAGCAGCAAGCUUCAAGGUUUUUAUAUUAAAAUUUUGAUUGCCUUAAAAUCUAGUGUGGGGGGUAGGUGCCAACCUUGCAACUGUUUUUUUUUUUUACAAUGUCUACAUUGAAUAUUCACAAUAAAUGAAACAUUUGAUAGCCAAAGGUCAGCAGAAUGAGAAUGUUUUUGGUCAUAAAUCACUAUUUAUGAAUGCAGAGAACAAGAUAAGCAAAGACUGUCCACAGAGGGCGCCAAACAUAACACAAACCCAAAGUUCCUCACUGGAGCUUUAAUUUGUUACAGUUUAAUAUACAUAAUUCAGAUUUCAUCAAAAUGGGAAGUUUUAUAUUCUGUUCUUUGAGUGUAAGAAACAUCAUAUCUAAUUUUUAACUGAUGCAAUGAAAGCCUUUAAAAAAGUACUCAAGCAGAUCCACUUUACAAGCUUUUUUUUUUCUCUACCAGGAGGAGGACAGCGAGGAGGAGCCAAAGCUGAAGUAUGAGCGGCUCUCCAAUGGAGUGACAGAAAUCCUCCAGAAGGACGCUGCCAGCUGUAUGACCGUCCAUGACAAGGUAAGGAUUAUAAUCCGACAACCGCAAGGGCAUUUCAAUCUCAAAUCUGUGUUUUAAAAAAAAACAGAUUUCAAAUUAUUUAUCUCCACAUUUGAGAGAUGUCCUCUUCAAAGUUGGUUUUCCUCACCUUUCUUUAACUUGUAAAGGCAGCCCAUUCUUUUCUCACCUCCCCCCUGCUUUCCCACUCAGGGAGGUGCAUCAAAAGACACCAGGCGCCUUUGUCUUCUCCUCUUUUUAUUCUCACUCUUACAUAUUUUCUCGCUCCUUUCCUCUGUUUGUCCAAUCUUGAUAUUUUUAAGUGGAGCACUCUUCGCGAGAUGGUUAAUGGUUGUGGCACCAGCAGCACACAUGCACGCCUGAGCAGAGCAAAAAGUCAUAGCCAGUUAUGUCUCCUCACCUGAUGUUUUAUUAACCGCUAUUGAUUUUCAUUUAUUUAUUUUUUACUUUGAGGAUUUGGUCCCCCUUGUUUUUUUUAACCUCAAAAUAGCAGCCGUGCCACAGCGAGACACAUCGCUUUGCUGAAAUACUAAAUUUGAUCUGACUGUCUUUCCUUUUGGUAUUUCUUCGCUUCUGCCAUGCAGCUACCUGUGUGGUCACACCAAACCCCCCCCCCCCUUUCCCCUCCACUGUGGCAAACUCCCACAACCCUUAAAUCCAGCGACAGCACACAUUGCCUUAUGUUGCCUCAUAUUUUAAGUGUUUGAAUCGGAAUUUCAUUUGAACAAUUCCUUUCUGAUAAAUCCCUUUAAAAGUCGCUCCGCCUCACAAGGUUGAACCCUUUAUUUAUUUAUUUUGGGUUAUUUUAUUUGGGGAGAUUGCAGGGGGCUCUGUCUGACAUGCUCAGCUGUGCCUGUAAAUAUAAGCAUUUCAUUAUAGACUGCACUGAAGCAUGGUGGGCUCGCCGCACAUCCACAUGCUGGUCUAGAAGGGAGGGGGAUUAGGAGGAGGGCAUGGAGCAGGGGCCGGGGUGGAGGAACACACACUUAAUCUAAUGCCAAAAGCCCCCAGUUUCUAUAAUUUUUUUGUCCCAGUGGACUCCUGUACACACACUCACACACUCUCUCUCCCUUUCUCUCUCUCAUACACAUAAAUUCACACAUGCACUUUUGUUGCUACACAAACCAGUUGCUGCUCAGGAGAAAUAAUGGCUCCGUGCUGGGCAGGGAGGUGAUUGGGUUGCAUUGGGAGCAUGGGAAGAAGUCAGAUGUACAGUGCAUUUAUUAUGCUUAAGCAUUUUAAUUUGAAGAGGGAAAAAAUGCCAUUUCACACUGUAUGCUUUAAUAAAUAGGGCUUUUCCAUCCCCUGCAAUUUCACAGUUUUGCCUCCAAGCUCACCCAAUCCCCACUCUGCCCAUGUCGCUUGCUCCAGCUCCAGGAACUAUUUUUUUUAUCCUCUUCCACAGCCUUCAUCAGCACAAGAUUUUUUUUUCUUCUGCUUAAUCUUGAAUUUAUUUUAAAUGUCUCCUGGUUUAAUUCACAUUACUUUUUUUUCUCCUCUCAGUUUCUCGCCCUAGGAACACAUUUCGGAAAAGUGUUCCUGCUGGAUAUCCAAGGAAAUGUUACCCAGAAGUUUGAAAUUGUGAGUAAAUGAAAAACACCUGAUUACAAUCAUAGGAACAUGAACAACUACUUUUACAUGCCAUCAUCAAACUUAAGCUCACAAAUGAAUAUAUAUUAAUUUACGAGUGAUGCUGAAAUUUCUUUGGACAACAGAAGCAGGUUAAUGUUGUUGUCUUAGUUUUCAUAAUGCACAGAUUUCUCACUAAAUACCGUGUUAUGACAUUUCCAUCUGCCUUUGCAGUGUGUUUGUGUUUAAUGUAAAUUGGCUGAAGUGAGCAGGCUAAAAAGGCUCCACUGAUACACUAAACACUCCCUCACUAAUCUCUCCCCCCUGCAGAGUGUGUGCCAGGAGCUUAAGGUUAAAAGGACAGAGAGGAUGGUGAUCUUAUAUCAUUAAAACAUUAAAAGACAGAAAAAAUGUUGAUUUGGUCGGCUAUUAACUCGAGUAGCUGAAAGGUUAGAGUUCCCCGGCGUGGAAAACCCUUAACUUUUGUUUUUUGGACAGUUUUCAUGACCUUCUGAAUGAGCCUGAAAGAGUUGUCAGGAUGUUUAUAUUGAGCUCCUAAUACAAAUAAGUACAUCUUUUAAUGUGUUUUGAUAGUGAUUUCAUACUUGUCAUGGUUGAGUGUAUAGCACAUGGAUCUGUAAAAGACAUUUUGCUCACUAUUCAACCCUCCCGUAGUCUUUUCACUGGAUCUGAUCCAGUUUGACCCAGGCGUCAAAAUCAUUCAGUAAUCAAGUGAACAGUUUUGCAUGACUAUAUCUGCUCACAUGCGCCUAAGUGAAGCGUCCCCGCUGAGCACAUUGAUCCAUGUGCUACUUACUUAAAGAACUCACCGCCUGUUAUCCAUCGUUACCUGAAGGAAACAAAGAAGGCCUUUUAGUAGAAGAGACACAGUUCUGCUGCAACGUAAUUUAUAAAUGAAAACAGUUUUGUUGUCAGUACUGAAUAAACCGCAAACAUCGAGAAAUGAAAAACAUGAUAAGAAGAAACUUCAUGGAAGAUGAUUCAGGAAAAUCUGCUUUAAUUUAUCCCUUUUCAAAUCAAGAGCUCUAUUGUAUUGUGCCAGCAAGAUUUAGAGUUUUCAUGUGAUAGCAGGAAGACUGGGAGUUGAUUUCCUCUCAUGUUUUAGUGUCUGUGAAAAUAGGACAUUAGGAGGGGUAAUUUGCAUUUAUUAUAUCCAGUAUCCCUAAAUAUAGGAACAUUCAAACCAAAAUUCCCACACCCUGUCCAUCGCCUCUAACAUUGCAUGGCUGCACUAAGAUUGUUACCCUGACAUGCCAGGUUAUUGUGUCUCGGAUGGGAGGAAAAAAUCGAUACAGCAUAGUAUCGCGAUAUUUCGUCUGGUGAUAUCAUAUCACCUUAUUUACCAAGUAUUGAUUUUUCAAAUUAAUCGCUAAUAUGAAGUCAAAUAUAUGAUAAUGUAAAAUUAAAAUCAACUGUUUGUCCAGUGAGGCUGGCAGAGGUGACAUCAUAGAGCCGGAGAAAGUUAGUGCAACAAAUAUAAUAUAUUAGGUUUGCAAGAUGUGCAACAUGGAAAUAAAAUACAGCGUAAAAAAAAAAACAUAAAGAAUAGCCAUAUGCUAAAUUAGCCAAACAGUUGAAAACAAUGUUAAAAAAUCGCUGUAUUGUAUCGCACUACUAACUACAUUGCAAAUGUUAAAAAUUGCAAUGAUAUCGUAUCGUGGCCAAAGUAUCGCGAUAAUAUCGUAUCGUGGCCCAAGUAUCAUGAUAAUAUCGUAUCGUGGCCCAAGUAUCGCGAUAAUAUCGUAUCAUGGCCCAAGUAUCAUGAUAAUAUCGUAUCGUGGCCCAAGAAUCCCGAUAAUAUUGUAUCGUGGUCCAAGUAUCGCGAUAAUAUCAUAUUAUGGCCUAAGUGUCUUGAUAAUAUUGUAUCGUGGCCCAAGUAUCGCGAUAAUAUCAUAUUAUGGCCUAAGUGUCUUGAUAAUGUUGUAUCGUGGCCCAGGUAUCCCGAUAAUAUUGUAUCUUGGCCCAAGUAUCGUGAUAAUAUCAUAUAUCAUAUCAUGCAUCAUUUUGAUGCAUAAUGUCACAAACACACUCUGUAAGUAUGGAGUUUUUCCUCCUACCACCAUGAGGUUUAAUUUUAUUCAUCAUAUACACUGAACUGUGCAUUCAUUACACACUCAAACAUUUGCCUCUUGCUUCUUUCUUGCAUUUCAUUCAGCGGGGGUAAAAUGUCAGCAUGCAGCAUUAACCAGCCACACAGAUUCAUAUUUGCCGGCUUCUAUAAAAAGAUGCCUUGAUAUUGUGUCUCCGCAGAGUUCAGUGAAGAUCAACCAGAUCAGUCUGGAUGAAAGUGGAGAGCAUGUGGGCAUCUGCUCCGAGGAUGGGAAGGUGAGAUCUCCCCACUCAUCACCGCCGGUUACUGAUCCCUGGGCCUGCAGAGAGAGAAAAAAAUCAACAAUCAGUGCUCCUCAUCUUCCAUAAUUCACCCUCAGCUUCAUAGAAACUCAUCUUAUCAAACUUUAUGCUAAUGCUGUGGAACUCUGGUGAAUUUUUAGAUGGUGGCGCGAGUAUUAACCUGAAGUUUUAUCGCCGCCAUAUCUUCACUUAAACCCAUAUGUUUUCAUGAUACAGGAAUUUAUUAAAAGCUUCCACCAACUUUGAAGAGUAGGGGAGGAAGGUUGCUCUCAGAUGCGGCGAGCUGUCAGUCAACCAUCAGCCGUCUAUCAAUACCCUCUCCCUGUUCUCCACCUUACCGUUAUCUUGUCUUUUCUCAUCAUUACCACCAUCCUUCAUGGAUUUCGCAGUCAAGAUAUGCUCUCCGAUAUCAGCCCCCUCCUCACUCGCAGCUCUGUGGUGGCAAAAAAAACAAGAUCUUGUCACACAAAAAAGUCGAGUACACAAUUAAAAUCAGUGCGGCAAAAAAUGUCGCCCUCAACCAUUUCAGUUAGCUGUUAAUCCUUUGAAAAUUUGACUUAAUCCUUCAUCGCUGGAGCAGUUAAAAAAAAGAGAGAUUGGAUCAGAGUUUGCCUACUUUUUUGGCCUCAGAUAAAGAAGAGCUGGGUGUCAUGUGCUCUAAUGGCACAUUAGGGUUUGUUGUAGCCAACUGUGGUCAAGUCCAAGAGGAGGACUCUUGUUUCUAAACCCUGCAGGGUUCAAAGAAUCAACCUGUCCACUAAUUGGUGACCCAGCGGAGAUGCAGGGAGCCAAUCAAAGUCUUUUUCUGACCACAAUUCCCCCUUCUGGCCCCGGAUAGUUGCAGAGGCAGCAAUUAAAGGAGACAUUUUGAGUUAUUCACCUUCACUUUGGUGUUCUGCCGCCUCAUCUCUGUUUCAGGUUCAAGUGUUCGGGCUCUAUACGAGAGAGGGCUUCCAUGAAAACUUUGACUGUCCCAUUAAAGUAAGUCGCUUUAAGAUUAAGCUCUAGUGUCACAAAUGUUAAAAAGAACCAUACAUAAUCUAAACCGUCUCUUGUGAAUUGUUUUUUUCAGGUGGUGGCUCUGCACCCUCAGUUCACCAGAUCAAACUACAAACAGUUUGUCACCGGGGGCAACAAGGUACAUUUUAGUAGCUCUUUUCCUCUACCGCCGCAGCCAUUAUCCUCAUUUUUUGACAAAUUCACCUGAAUGUGUCCGAUGAAACCAGAACCUGCAAACCUGUCAACUUUAACCCGGCUGAAGGCGACCCGCAGGCCUUUGUCUGGUGUGAAAGGCUCUUACUUUUCUGUCUCUUUGCUGGAGUGCUCUCGGGAGAGCUGCCCAUUUUCACAAAGUGCUGUUCGCUCAACAGUGUUUGAAAGGCGACGCUUCACUAGCGCAGCAAGUAGAUGUCAUUAUCAAGAGGGAACAUGGUCUUAAGAUUUCCAGGCGCGGUUCUGUUUCCUGAAAGUUAUUUUGUCGUAACAGAAGGCGAAAAGUAUUUUACACAUUUGCUUUAUUUAUUUGAGGGAAAACCACCUUUCCUGUUACCACACCCCAAUUACACAUGAAGCAUAAACUGCUCAGAGGUGGCGUUAUGGAUAAAAAGAUAUCCAUAAAUAAAGUAAACUGACAUUUAUACAACUGGGGUGAGGAAAAACAACUUUUUCAUGAAACCCCAUUGUUAGUGUUACUUUGCCAUUUUCUUUCAAUUGCCGCUGAUUCCUCUCAGUUCCAAGUUGUGAAGGCCUCCACAAUGUGCCUGUGAUGAAAAUCAAUAAGCCUCAACGGGAGCCACAUCCUGUCAAAGGAAAUUCAAUUUUGUCUCCACAGUUCUUUUGUCAUAUCAUCUCUUUGUAGAGCAAACUGUUUAUUAACAUAGCCCAACUGCUGAAUUAAAGAGCCUAUACAACCUUCUCUCGGCAUCCUUGGUAAUAUGCUCUUUUUUUCUGAAUUAGUUUAUAUAGUAAGGACAGUAACAAUGCAGGGAAUGUGAAUGACAUGCUUUGUCCUCUGCAGCACGCACAAUACAAGGCCUGAACAUUAAAGUGCAAUCUAUAAAAUAGUUCUGCGGCCUCCUUCGUGCCACACUGCAUUGUGGUAAAACCUCUUUCUGAGCUUACGCACAUUAAGAAGGGACAAGAAAGUCAAAUUUGACACGAAGAUGCGGGAUUUCUAAAUGAUUUUUUACACUAAUUGCACCUUAUAAAUGGCAAGAAUGUCAGAAAUUUUGCUUGCAGUGAUGUCUUAAACUUUCUGUCUGUGUUUUACAUUAUGUUUCUAUCUUCUUGCAAAUCACUUUGAGCACAUCAGACUGUAAAAUCACUUCUUUCACCUCUGAAUGUGACGCUAAUGUGCAGCCUUCUCACUCAGAUCUAUCUUUGUCGUCUUUGUGCCUAAACGCUCUGAAGUGGAAUUGAAAUACUCAUCCAGGAACUAAAAUCAGGUUCUACUCCAUCAAUCUCAGUAUGAAAGACAAAGUUUCCAACAAUUGAAGCUGAAUCUUCAAGGCUGUCUUCACCGGUUCUCCAGAUGGAGCUCUUGCAUGGAUGCUUCAUUGCAAUGCGCUGUUCAUCUACUGCCCUCUGCAGGCGGGACUCUCUGCUCACAUCCUUUCUCCUCUCUCUCUCAAAGCUGCUCCUGUAUGAAAGGAACUGGCUGAAUCGUUGGAAGAUGUCAGUUCUGCAUGAAGGCGAAGGCUCGAUCACAAACAUCCAGUGGAGAGCCAACCUCAUCGCCUGGGCUAAUAAUGUGGUGAGUGUUCAGUCAUAACGAGGGCGUGGCUUUGGGAUGACCUCUUCACGACCUGUCACUACAGUUACUGGUUUGACCUCUGAGUACUACAUCUUUAGCUGUUCUGUCUACUAAAUGCAAAAACAACGACGCUUAAGUUGGAGUUUUUUUUCCUGAUUUGCUCAGGGAGUGAAAAUCUACGAUAUCAGCACGAAACAGCGAAUCACAAACGUGCUGCGUGAUAAUGUGAAUCUGAGGCCCGACAUGUAUCCGUGCAGCCUGUGUUGGAAGGACAGCACCACUCUCAUCGUCGGCUGGGGUACUUCCAUCAAGGUUGGUGCUUAUUCAUGCAAAUUUAUUCAUUCAUUUAUAAUUGCAGGUCAUCUUUGAUUCAGACUUUGCGGGGGGGUUUUUUGUUUCUUUUCAGAUUUGUGUCGUGAAAGAGCGAAACCCCACUGAAAUGAGGGAUCUGCCAAGUCGCUAUGUGGAGAUUGGUAUAAAAAAAUUACCCUCCUCUACUUCUUACAGCAAAAAUUCAAAGUAUUUUACAAAGUAAACUCUGAACAGGCAGCCAGAAUAGAGAGGGUUUAUCUUUUGCACAGAUGCAGGACAAAACAAGUACACUGGAACUAGUUUGUGUUGCCUUUAAAGAUAGUUUUAUCACAUUUAAAAGAUAAAUGAGCAAAAAUAAAAAAUAUACAAAAAAUAAACACUUUCUAGAAUACAAAAUGGCAAAAUUGCACAAAACAGCAUAAAUUGAAGUUUGAAGUUUUUACAAGAUUUGUUGCACAUUAUGUUUUUGCGCAUGUUUGAUCAUUUUCUAUCUCCCACUUUGUGGUUUAAUUCCAAUUCCAAAAAAAGUUGGGACGUUGUGUUAAAAAUAAAGCUUAUUUUGAAUUUAAUACCACCAACAUAAUUUUGAAAAUCUGAAGCAGGUACUGAAAAAAUAUCUAAAGAACCAUCUUUAACUUGAUAUAUUUUCUUUCUUUUUUUUAAAAAACAGAUUAGUUCAGGUUAAUUUCAGAACAAUGUUACAUGACAGGAAAUAGUUAAAAAUAUCAUCGUAUACAGCACAAAAUACCAACAAAAGAUUCAGAGAAACUGAAACCUCACUGCAAAAGUGAAACAGCGGGACCUCAGGCAGUACUGCAUUAAAAACAAUUAUGACUCUGUAGUGGAAAUCACUGCCAAAACCAAUUGUCUGUGAACACAGUUUGUCACUGCAUCUUCAAAUGCAGGUUUAAGAUGGACUGAAGUCAAGAGGAAAACUAAUAUGUGGUGUAAAAUUAAAAAUUUAACAAUCUUUUUGGAAAUCAUGAACAUUGUGUUCGUAAAAGACCUCUUAGCUUUGUCAGUGCACAGUUAAAAGUCAUCAUCUCUGGUAGAAUGAGGACAUAUAAGUAAGAGUAAGUAUUUCUACUUGUCUUAACAGUGUCUGCGUUUGAGACUGAGUUCUUCAUCAGUGGCCUGGCCCCGCUGGCAGAUCAGCUCGUCACCUUGUACUUUGUGAAGGAGAACUCUGAUCACAUGGUAAGGAUGACGUCUUUUACAUCACAUAACACCGUGAUGCAUGUUUUCAAGCCGUACUAUUCGUGUGUUGAUAAUCAGGAUGAGGAGUUCCGCGCUCGGCCUCGCCUCGACAUCAUCCAGCCUCUGCCCGAGGGUUGCGAGGAAAUCUCCUCAGAUGCGCUGACCGUACGCAACUUCCAAGACAAUGAGUGCAGAGACUACCGCCUCGGUGAGACUAUAAAAUCCAACCUUAGAGAAAUGUCAACGCGCCUUUAUUAUCCUCUGAUUUCAUUAUGCAGCGAGCAUCAAAUGUCAGCUGAAAGAGGCAUAAAUGUAUUUUCAUUAACAGAGCAUUCUGAGGGAGAGUCGCUCUUCUACAUCAUCAGUCCCAAAGACAUCGUUGUGGCCAAAGAGCGAGACCAAGACGACCACAUCGAUUGGCUGCUUGAAAAGAAGAAAUAUGAGGUCUGUGCUGUUGGAUUUUAUGACUGUUGCAAAAGGUUACAGUCUGUGAUUAUAAAUUUAAUUGUGAGUCCUGUUACUGCGGUUUAACUGUGACAGGAGGCUCUCAUGGCUGCAGAGAUCAGCUUCAAAAACAUCAAGAGACACGACGUUCAGAAGAUAGGGAUGGCUUACAUCAACCACCUGGUGGAGAAAGGAGACUACGACAGCGCAGCCAGGUGAGCUAGACAUGUUAAAGGGAGCUAAUGUUUGAUUUUUCACCCUCAGGGGUUCAUUAAACUGGAGCUGUUAGUUUAAGACACAAGAUUCUGCUUGUUUUUUUUUUUGUAUUUUUUUAAAGCUAUAUGUUUUAAUUUUGUAACAAGACAGAAAUCGUUCUAAAGCUCCACUAAGAAAAGAAAAAUCUCUGUUUUUAAAAUGUUCUUAUAAAAUAUGUAUUUGUCCAUCCCAAGUCAGCAGGAUGAGAAUAUUUGUUUGAAGACAGUAUCAUGCAUAUGAAAGGCAAAGAGCAAAGGCUGUUUUGACCACAGUGGGGCGCCAAAUCUGACACAAACUCAAAGUUCCUCAUAGAAGCUUUACUAUAGCCCAACAUAUCUUUAUCAAAUUUCAGCGGAUUCUGAGGACAUCAGAUGAUUUUUUUUUUGUCUCUAAUGCAAAGAAAAUUUGGUGCUGCAAUUGGCUGGGUGACAUUUUUUGCAUAAAAUUAGUUUUUCUAGAGAUAUAAGUGGUGAGUUGGUCUAGAGUUCCAGUUUUAAAACUAGCAUUUUUGAGAAAAAGACAGAAAUUUGAGAUUUUUUUUCCUAUAUAAGAACAAGAAUAAGAAUAACUUUAUUGAUCCCCGAAGGGAAAUUCAAUUGUCAGUUGUCUCAUUUGUCUAUAGUUCACAUACUGUGUCUUUAUUUACAAAUAUGACUCUACAGCAUCAGUCAAAAGACCAAAUCUUCUCUUUUCCUCUGACUGAAAUGAUUGUUUUUUUCUUACAGGAAAUGUCAAAAAGUUCUUGGUAAAAACAUGGAACUCUGGGAAAAUGAAGUUUACCGAUUCAAGACCAUUGGACAGUUAAAGGUACAUCUCUGAUUCAGAAUUUUGGGACUUAGUUAAGAUUUUUAAAGAUUAUGAACUGAUUUUAUAUAUUUUUUGUAUUCACUUAUGUAUUUUUUUUCUGUUAUAAUUUACCCUGCCAUCUUUCUCUUUCUUGUUUCAGGCCAUCAGUCAGUAUUUGCCCAGAGGAGAUCUGCGUCUCAGGCCGGCCAUCUAUGAGAUGAUCCUGCAUGAGUUUCUCAAAACUGACUAUGAGGUACAUUCUCCUCCUGAUGGUGCUGAUAUCAAGUGAUAAUCAAAGGGUAAAUCUGUGCGUUUAAUGGUCACUUAAUGGUAUAUUCUGCUUCCUUUGCUGUCCAUGAAGGGUUUCGCCACUCUGAUCCGGGAAUGGCCUGGAGAGCUUUACAACAACAUGGCGAUAGUUCAGGCGGUCACUGAUCACCUCAAGAAAGACCCGACUAACAGAACGCUGCUCACCACUCUGGCUGAACUGUGAGUGUUCCCAUAAGUACUAACAUAAACACUGAUAUUAAUGCAAGAAACGCUGAUUAGUAAUUGUUUGUGAUCGACUGCAGGUACACAUACGACCAGAGGUACGACAGAGCGUUAGAGAUCUACCUGAGACUGAGGCAUAAAGAUGUUUACCAGCUGAUCCACAAACACAACCUGUUCGCCUCCAUAGAAGACAAGAUUGUGCUCCUCAUGGACUUUGACAAAGAGGUAACAGCGUGAUAAGCAUGACUUAAAACAUACUUAGUUUAUGGUUAAUUGUCUCAUUUUGUAGUUACAUUUAAUAUGAAUGUAUAAAAAGACGUUUUAGUGAUAUAUUUUCUAAAUGUGCACUCUCAGAAAGCUGUUGACAUGCUUCUGGACAACGAGGACAAGAUAUCAGUAAGUGCACCUUCCUUCUCUCAGCCUUUAAUAAAGCGUCUGUUAUGAAUCUGCUGCCUGCUGAGGAUGUGUCUUCUCUCUCUUUAACAGACGGACAGGGUGGUGGAGGAACUCGCAGACAGGCCAGAGCUUCUUCAUGUGGUGAGUCAACACUACUUUGAAUGCAAUCGACUUAACUCAAAAGCGAUUCCAAGCUAAUCUGACUCCUUUUUCCUCGCAGUACCUUCACAAACUGUUCAAGCGGGACCACCACAAAGGCCAGAAAUACCACGAGAGACAGAUCAGUCUGUACGCUGAAUAUGACCGUCCAAAUCUGCUGCCUUUUCUGAGAGACAGCACACACUGUCCGCUUGAAAAGGUAAAACUAAUCCCAUGGCAAAUUUCCAGAAAGAUAAAACCAUGAAUAAAGUCAUGAAUGAAGCCUUUUUCUCUCAGGCUCUGGAGGUUUGUCAGGAGAGGAACUUUGUAGAGGAGACUGUCUUCCUGCUCAGUAAGUAUUAAUUAAAGACGUACUCUAUAACUUCUUGGCUGAAAAAAUGAGUGGUUUUAUUCAAGGUAACUGUUAUAGUCUACUGUCUAAUCCAGCUUUUUGCUCUCAGGCAGGAUGGGUAACUGCAGACGGGCGCUGCAGAUGAUCAUGGAGGAGCUGGAGGACGUGGACAAAGCCAUCGAGUUUGCCAAAGAGCAGGAUGACGCAGAGCUGUGGGAAGACCUCAUCUCUUACUCUAUCGACAAACCACGUAUGAGACCGUCUCCUAUUGAUUUGCUAUUCGAAUCUUCUGCCGGUCAUUUUUUUCCUGUUAUUGUUUUAUUUCCCUCUUCCCUGUCUUCUGUCCUCUCCCCAGCGUUCAUCACCGGCCUCCUUAAUAACAUCGGCACUCAUGUAGAUCCCAUCCUGCUCAUCCAUCGCAUAAAGGAAGGCAUGGAAAUCCCAAAUCUCAGAGAUUCACUCGUAAAAAUCCUCCAGGACUACAAUCUGCAGGUUAGACUCCCACAUAAGUCUUCGGGUAAUCUUCUGAAAUUGUUUGGAUGGUGAAGGAAAUUUGGUUUUUACGGUUUUUCUAUUUGGCUUCAUGUUGAUUAACUAAUAAAGAAAAGUAAUACACCACUGCAGCUGCUGUGCUAGGUAUUCAGUGGAGAAUCACUUUAAAAAUAUGGUCAUGACCUGUUUGUCACAGUGUUUUUGUUUUCUCAUAGAUUCUCCUGAGAGAGGGCUGUAAGAAGAUCCUGGUGGCAGACUCCCUCUCUUUGCUCCAGAAGAUGCACCGCACACAGAUGAGAGGAGUCAGAGUCGAUGGUGGGUGCAGUUUUUUAACAUUAAUGAAACUGAAUCAGACUUGAAUUAAGUUUCCUUAUUUUACUGUAUUCAUGCUUCUCUUUUCAGAGGAGAAUAUCUGUGAAUCGUGCCAUGCUACAAUAUUACCGUCAGGUGGGUUUUUAUGUGAUGUGUUUCAAUUAUUUUAAUGUUAUGUUGCGUUUGAGAGCGAGUCAUUGCUAAUUUGCUGCAUCACACCUGUGUUUCAGACAUGGCCAAAGCCUUUAAUGUGGUAGUUUUUCACUGCAGACACAUGUUUCAUAAGGAAUGUUUACCGUCUGCAGGAACAGUGAGUAUCAUCCCUUGUGUGUCCAACUCUUUGCAUGAAACAGAGGAUUAUUUCUCAUCCAGUAUUUUCCCCUCCAUCUCAGUUUGUUUGAGAUGCUUUAACUGAACUUGGCUCACUGGUUUUGAAUUAUCUGCACAUUACAGAUUCCAGGAGUGCAGUUUUGCAACAUCUGCAGUGCAAAGAGGCGUGGGCCAGGAAGUGGAAUCCUGGAGAUGAAAAAAUAAUAUCUAUUUAUGCACUAACAGUCUCAUUCUUCGUGCUUUUAUCGCUCUCCACUCCUCUCCGGGGAUUUCCCUUUACUAACAGUUAUUACUGCAUUCAUCUGUGAUUAUGACUUUCCCUCAGUCCCUUAACCGAACACUGGCAAAACAUUCUAAAUAUUUAUAUUGGAUUGUUUCUGUAUAUUUGCAUAAAAAACUGUAAAGCACUGCUCUUGUUCUGCUUGUCUGUAAUGUGAUAUGUCUGCAAAAUCUGUAAAAUAAAAAGACUUAAUUAACUGUUGGCUUCACUUUGGGUCUGGUAAUAAGUCAUUUCCAAAACUUGAUUGAAGACUAUUGACAAAAAGUGGAAUAUAUAAUUUCUUUGUAUGGCGACAUGCUGUCUAGUCUGUCAUAACACAUGGUUUUUGGUAGCUUGAUUUGACUGCACUUUAACAUUUUAAAAAAGAUAUCAUGAUGGAGACUUGGCAUUUCAUUGAAUUACAAGUGUAAACUGUGUAUUGUAGAAAUGCUGUAAUAAAUACACUUCAGUGCUGAGAAUGAAAAGAUACUUUAUGUCUCAGAGUCUGUGACCAAGUUUUGUCUGGAAAAAGCUUUUUUGUUUGUGCAGAGCUUGUGCAGAACAGCUGGCAAGAAAAGGUUUGUUCUACACAUGAGCAUUCAACAGACUUUUAAAACGUGACAUCAGAUUAUUAUUUGGCUAUACCAACUGAAAAAAUUAACGACAAUAAUAAUAAAAUAAUAAUAAAAAUAACAUUAAUAAUAAUAAUUAGUUUAUCAAUUAAUAAGUAAGAUAUUUUUCAAUUUGUUUAUUCGAACAGGUUUAAAGAAAAACAAAAUAGAUAAGAUAUACAAUGUGCUUUGGCAGAAAAACAAUCAAAAAGACAGCUCUGUAGCAACAUAGAUUAUCAUACUUUGUUCGAAAGGGUGUAGGAUGAAGUUGAUAAAACUUAUUUAGUCCUAUCCCUUUUUUGUUGUGUUACUGUAAUUUAAUCAGUCAGAGCAUGAGUAGAAAGAACAGCACAGAGGAAAGAAAAUAUAUCAGAAAAAAGGCACGUUCCCCAUUGUUAUAAAUUCAUAUCUUUUCUUAAAUAUCUUAUUUUCUUACACACAGUUCUGAGGAGAGAAAAAAAACGUUCACUUCAGUAACCUGGUUAAAAAAUUAAAACAUUUAUUACACACCUUUGUUUAUUGAUUGACUUGUUAGACCCUGGUAAGUAAAAUAAGACUUUAAAAUAAUUAAACACAUCAAAAUUUCCACUCUCUCUCGACUUUCCGCGUCCCCGGGGGAAAUCUACGUCACAUCCGCAGUUCCUUCCGGAAGUACAGUUAAUUUUUAUUCACAGGGAAAAAAAACAGCUGUUGUUGAAAAAGAAAACAUCAAAGUGAGUUACACCAGCGCAUGCCCUGCCUUUAUCUCUCCGCGGACACAAGUACCGUAAGAAGUCCUCCUCACACGCUCCUCUCUGUCUGUCUGGAUGCUGUUUUGAGCUGAGUCGAGCAGCGAGUCUCGUUUGGCUCAUUUGUUGCGAGUUAGCCGCUGCUGCUAAAGGUUAGCUUUCCUCCGUUGUGGACUGAAGUUAGCAGCGUAGCUUCUGUCUGCGAGCUUUCUCACCAUUUCUGCUCUUGUCACAAACUCUCAAUGACACUAACUUUACCGCCUGUUACACACGAACUAACAUGAUUAAUAUUAAUGGCGAAAACGGGAAGAGACGUGGUUCGGACAUUGUGUGACUCGCUAGCCAUCUUUUUACCUGCGAUAUGUGUAAUAUAUCUGUUUAUAUCACACAUUAGCCUCUCUACUUGUCAUAUUAAAACGUCCUGUUGUUAACCUGGUUGAAAUUAUUGUAUUCUCAUAAUAGUAUGCACCUGGACCCACACUCUAGAUUGAGAGAAGAUGCCUCUAAACAUCAGGAUCAUCACAUUUAAUAACUCUAAACUAAACUAGCAGGAAGGGUCACUCUUAUACAUUUGUAAUUACUAACAUAUAAAGCCAUACCUGCUCUGUUUAUCAUACUUUGUUGUGCUUUUGUGUAUGUUUCUAAUCUGUUUUUGUUGGACAUUUCAACAGCAUGCCAGCCCCAGAAGGAGGACCAGCCCCUCAUGACUCUCCGCCUUCGGUGAAGAAGCUGGAUGAGGAUGGGGAGACUCUGCCGUCUAAUAACAGCGGUCCCCUCAAAACAGGAGAAAAGACAGCAGCCCCCCGGGCGAAGAAAAAACGGUCCGCCUCAGCUGAAAGAGGAAUCAAACCUGCCAAGUCAUCCAGACAGAGUUCGCCUCCGAAGGAUCCCAGCAAAACCACCUCUGAUCCGCCCGUUAAAAAAGCCAAGCUCCUAAAAGCCACAAGUGCCUCCUGCGGAGAAACUCCUUCACAGAAAGCGAACUCCAAAGCUUCCCUAAAGCGAACGGCCUCUACAGAGUCUGAGGAUGAGUACAGCAGCGAUAGUAGUAAGACUGAUCUCUUCAGAGAGAGGGGUGAAGGAGACAAAGCCCGCUGUAUCCGGAAAUAUUCAAAUCGAGUCAAAGCUAAGCGCAAAGUUGAAGAGCCCCUGUCUGACCCUCAGGACGCGAGCCAAGGGUCCCCAGAUGAACCAGCCGGCACUAUUCAGAUGGACCACAAUUAUGGUAGAUUCUCUGAUUCAUCAAGUUUGGGCGAGAGUCUUCAAGAUGAGAAAAAAGAAUCGGUUACUCAAAGUGAGGGUCAAGAAAAUUUACCUCAUGCAACACAAGCAGAAUCGAAGGAAACUUUGCUUUGUGCCGUUAAAAGUAAACACGAGGAGUAUACAAAUCGAGCGCACCAGACGCUCACAGAUAAUGAAGCACCAGCACCAUGUGGAGAAAUAAUUGACUGUGCCCCUGCAAUAGUCCCGGAUACACCUGGCAUCAUGCCUGAGGCAGGAGAACGGGAAAGGAAGGACACAGAGGAUUACAUCAAAUGUCAAAAGGGCUCAGGUGAAACACGUGCAACUCCAGAGGAAAAACUGUAUUCCAGUGCUGAAGAGGUAAAUCAGGCAUCUGUUGGUAACCCAGUGACUCAAACAGACCUCAGUUUUAAAAUUCAAGUGACUUUCAAAGCUGAUUCAAAAUCUGAGCAUCUGCAGGAUGGAGUAAACCUUCAAGUGUCGGAUACAAAUACCAACUCUUGUGACGUGAACAAGACGGUGCUAAAAUCUGACGAGAAGGUCGAAGACGGUGAAAAGAAAGAUGUAAAGUUGCUGUCAAGUCAGACUUUUGAUGGACCGUGUUCAUUAAGUGAUCAACAGUUAAGCCAAGAGGAGGUAAAUGACACUGAAAGCUGUGCUGAAACACUGAAACCAGAUUGUGUCACAGUCUCAGAGGGUCAGAUAGACUUUGACACCCAGACUAAAAUAACAUCAGAGGGGAGGUCUGACUCAGCAGAGAGACACGAGAACCACAGGGUGACUCAGAAAACUACAGAAAUACCUGUUGAAGUCGGAGUAAAUUCAACGAGUGUAGAGGAAGAAAAGAAGAUCGGAGAGGCUUUAGAAACAUCGCAACAUAAAAUGUGUUAUCAAGCCGCUACAGUGGAAGCAGAAAGCCAAAAGAGCGAGGAAGUCAUUGAACAGGGCACAGACGUUUCUACCAGAUUUAAUCAGGAUUAUGUGGUCAACUCCGAAACAAUGGCAAAUGAAGAUAAAGUGACCUUUGACCUGGCUGCUGGACCUGCGAGUCAAGUCGAAAUAGAAACCCAGACAGCAUUGACACCCAUGGUUUCUAAUCCUGCACCUAAAGUUGGAGUAAAAAACCAGGAGGUCAGUGAAUGCACCACAGACAACUCAAUUCAGAAUCAACAAGAGGUUAUAAUUGACAAUUCUGAAAUGUUUGGAAAAGAUAACAUGGUUAAGGACGGCGUUGAGAGUGCGACUUCAGUGACGUCUGUGAUUUAUACGAUGGAAGUACAAAGUCAGGAGGAUUCACAAGCAAGUGGAGAAACCGUGGAUGAGUCUGAUGAAAGAAAGAGACUUCCUGUUGAAAACUGCCAGAGCAAUGAAGCUGAAACCAGGGUUUAUGCUGAAAGAGUCAAUGCUGCUGAGAGUCAGAUAGAAGUGGACUUACAGACACCAGCAACAUCAUCAGAGGUCUGUUACACACGGACAACAGAAACACAAGAAGCUCCUGAACCCGCAACAGGUGCAUCUGAAAAAGUCCAAACUACUGAGAGUAACAGAAAUCAAGAGAAAGAUGUUACAGAAUGUGUCGGUUCAACUGAGAAUGAAAGACAAGUGGAUUUGCAGACAGCAUCAGUGCAAGUGGAGGUCGAAACAAAGGUCCACCGCCAAGAAGCUGCUCCACCAACAAGAGACAUAUCUGAAAAAGUAGACAAAGAACUCACGAUCCAAACCUCUCAGACUAAUGAAAAUAACAAUAGGGUAAUCACAGAGUCCGUCAGUGCAACUGAGAGUCACAGAGAAAUUGAUCUGCAGACAACGCCAACACCAGGGGAGUUUUCUGCUCAAACACAAAGGCAGAGAGAUCAGGAAGUCAGUAAAGUUACUACAGACAUUCAACUACAGAGUGAUUUUAUUAUUGCCAAAAGUGAGAGUGAAGGACACAAGGAAAACAUUAUCGUAGAAUCUGUGGAUGCAACUGAGAGUCAAACAGCAGAGGAAAUGUGUGUCCCGAUAUCACCAGAAGUGCCUCAAAGCCAGGAGGUCGACACGAAAGAUCAAGUGACUCCAGGUUUUGAGAUUGGAGACAAAGUUACUACUCAAUGUGCUGAUGUGCCAGAUGUUCCCAAUAUUGGAACACCAGUAAUGACGGAGGAGAUUUCUAAUGCUGGAGAGCCCAGAGUGGCCUUAGAAAAUGGUAUCCCAAAACCUCUUCCUCUGAUAGCAGCAGAGAGCACAGAAAGUCAAGACAGUCAGCCAAAUUCAGGAGCAGAGAACAUCCAAGUAGAUAUGGACUUGAUUGGCGGACAAAUGGAGAGUGUGGAUUCUUCGUCAGCAGAGGAAAUGGGUCGGCAAGUGGUCAGAGAGGCCAAAGAAGUGGCGUCUGUUAUUUCCUCUGAUAAAGCUGAAAAAACAGUCUGCUAUAUUGAAGGACACAGAGAAGGAACUGGAAGCAAUGAAGUAAUAGUUUUUGUUUGCGACCAACCAGAUGACACUGAUGUGGUAAUUCAGGCACCAGAGGAGCAGAUGAAGACGUAUAAUCAGUCAGAGGACAGGAUCCAUGAAAACCAGGUGGUGUAUGAGCCUAUCAGCAGUCCAGAAAGUAAUGAUGGAAGAGAGAUUCCUGCAUUAUCAGAGAACCAUGAUGGGAUGUCAUUACUGGAUAUACAGAUCCCUGAGACCCAACAGAUCGAAGGAGAUUCCUCUACAAAUGAAGAAAACAGGGAGAUUUGUCACAAACAGCUGGACGCUGCUGAGCACCAGAUUAGUGCCUCUGACAGCCAAGACGUUGAAAUGGAAGUACCCACUAUCAGUGUGUCAGAGAGUUGUGUGUCUGCGCAGUUCGAGCAGGGUGAGACGAAUGUGGAUGUGAAACAAGUUGCCGUGAUCAGCUCGAGUGAUGACAUCAGCACGCCAGAUGGCCAGUCUGAAGUUGCAACAGAGAAAAGCGAGAGGAACGGGUAUCCAGACUGCUUAGAUGUCGCAGAGGUUUCUGAACAGGUGCAGGGGGAUGCUGGACUUCAAGAGGUUACAGACGUCACCGUGACGACAACUACGGCCGCCGCUGAAAUUGAAAUAGCAGAUAGCACAUCGGAGGAAUUCGUGGUAUUGGAGCCAGUCCCCGAGAGUGGAAUCCACCUCGAUAUUGUCACUCAAGCAGCUGCGGAAUCAGGGUUGUCAGUCUCACUCACAGAGCAGAUGAAUCCUCACGUUGUUUUGGUGGGAAAUGAGGAAAAUAAAAGGCUGUUGAAUGGUUCCCAGGAAGCCUUAACACUUUCUGAGGUGGAAGUUUCGCAAUGUCAAACAACUGGUGAUGCAAAAGAUUCAACAGUUUUCAGUUCAGGGGAGGUUUUUGAGCAGGAGAUCAAGCCUGGAGCGGAAAUUUCCUCUGAGAUGGGCAUUGUUGAAGUUACUCCAAACUCUGGCCACACUCAGCUGCCCUCAUCUGAGGUCAUGGAUCAUGAUGUCCCAGAGAUUGAAACAAACAGUCAAGUCUUAAAUGAAGAUAGUAAUGCACUGGUCUUGGAGAAUUCUGAAAGUAAUUUGGUUUUACAGGAAUUUCAGAUUCUGGAGGACAUCGAGAUCGGUCGUGAGAUUGUAGUAGCAGAGGAAGACAAUGAGGAAGAUAGUGAUAUUUCAAUAAUAGAAAAGCCGCAAGAAACACCCAAUGUGGUCCCCGCUAAAACCUCUGAGGUAACGGUCAAUGAGACAAAGAAAGAUGAAAACUGUACCAUCAACACACAGGAGAACAGCACGGCUGAGAAGGCAGACGAUGACAAAAAAGAAGUGGUGGCAGAAAAACCCAAGAAACAAGAAAUGAACACUCAGGCCAGAACCAAAGCUCGACUGGCGGCUCUGGCUGAACAGAGGGCUGCAGCAGCCAAGAGACCACCGAACAAACAGCAGAUGAACCUUUUAGCGUUGUGUCAGGAGAUCGCCGAAGACAUCGCUACAGACAGCAUGCUGUUGAAGAGGAUCGAGGAAGAAAAGCAAGCGGCAGCAGCUGCUGCAGCGGCAGCAUCAGUAUCAGCAGCAGCAGCUGCUGCAGCGGCGGCGGCUUCAGCAGCAGCCAAGAACGAAGCAAACAAAAAGGAAAGUCAACCUGAGAGCAAACAGGAUGUAGACACUGAUAAUGUUGCGACACCUGCUGGACCUAAAGAAUGCUCUGCUUCUGCAGUCACUGCUACUGAUGAAGCAUCUGCGUCCCAGGUCUCUACACCUGCUCCAGAAGAGGCCAAACCUGCUGCAGAGACCACAAAGAGACGUUUCUUCAUCUCUCAGGUUUCGGUGCCACUGAAAGCUCAUGAGAAAAAGAAGCUAACGAGAUACCAGAGGCUGAGGCAGGUUGAACUGCAGAGAGAGAAAAUGUCAUGGGCACGUGUGAAGAAACUGAAGUCUGACCAAGCUAAUCAGAUGUUUUCAGACAUGGAUUGGCAAGGACCCUUGUCUUCAUUCUCUGUGACUCCUGUGACCACGGCUCCCCAGCCUGCUGCCAGUCCAUCGAAAACUUCUCUCCCAAGUCCCUCCUCAACUAGCAAGCCUGCAACACCCAAGGCAGAAGUUUCCAAGGUUGAUGGUCCAAAGGUUGAACCCAAUAAAGCUGAACCCAGGAAAGCUGAACCCAGUAAAUCUGAACCCAGUAAAGUGGAACCCAGUAAAACAGAAACCUCUAAAACAGACCCUGCCAGCACAGAACCUGCUAAAACCGUGCAGACUAAAUCUGAAGCGGGCACAACUGAACCCUCUAAAAAUGAAACCCCCGUUACAGAAACCCGUAAAUCUUCAAGGCUAAUUAAGGCUCAAGCUUCUAAAGCACCCCCGACUCCAGGGCCCGCUCCAAAAACGACCAGAACACCUGUGAAGAGGGCCCUUCCAGCAGUACCACCCCCCAUGCCCAAUGGGCUUAAAGCCCAAAAACAAAAGCCUGUUGAGUACAUUCCAUACAAACCCAGACCCAAGUAUACCUUUGAGGAUUUUGAACUGGAUGAUGACCCCUUACCUGUGACUCCAGCAAAACCCAACCCCCAAACAAGGCCCACUCAGCCACCACGACCAAACAUGCAGGCGAACCCCACAGCUCAAGUUAGAACCACCGUUUCAUCACAGCUCGCCAACCAGGCAAAACUCAAAGCUCCAACUACAUCUACUGGACAGAUCUCAGGUCAGGUAAAACCUUCCGGUUCCCUGAGUCUUCAGUCCAAACCUGCUGUCACAUCAACACCCCAGUCAAAGGCCACAGUCACAGCUGCUUCUUCAAAAGGUGUCCUGGCAGUUCAAGCUCAGUCCAAGUCUCCUGUACCGACAACUUCGCAACCAAAAGCUGCUCCCUCUCCUGGUCAGCCCAAGCCUCCUGCUUCUGCCUCCCCUCAGUUAAACCCUGCUGGUAGCAGAGGAACAUCCCAGAAUAAGCAGUCCACCUCAACAGCGCCUCAACCUGCCGGUGCAACCACACCUGGAACAAAGCCUGCAGCUGCUGAAUCCCAGAAACCCCCAAAUUCAACGCCACCAGAAGACAGCAAAUGCAAGGUAGAUCAAGAACAACACACAAGGUGAUAUAUUUCAAAUAAAGUACCGGGGAUAAGAUGUUAACAUGUUUUUUUUAUAUUACACAGGAAACAGCUGAUCCACUUCCAUCAGCUCCCACCUCUGUGCCAGUGAAAGCAAACUCUGAGUCUGAAGACUUAAAGAAGUGUGAAGAAAAACUCACAGGUUUGUAUUUAUUUGCACUUGGCAUCGUUUCCCAAAAUUCCUGUCAAUCAGAUUCUUUGUGCAGGAUUUUUUGUAGACUGGAUAUCCUAAGUAGAAAAACACACUAUAAUUACUUUUUCUAUCAGGUUCUGCUGUUGAUCCGUCUUCUGAGGAGAAACCAGAAACAGACCAGACGUCUGAAAAAUCAUCUCAAGUGUAAGAACUUUUGCUUUGAUCACUUUAAAUGUUUUUACCUUGUGGCAAAUCAGAGCCUUGAGUAAAUAUGAUUUAUGUUUGAAUCUCAGCAGAGCGGAGAAGCCAAAAGACGGUGAGACCCCCCUCUCUGACGCUUCUCUGCAAAGAGAGGUGAAGAAACUGAAAGAGGCAGAUAAAGAUGGCACCCAAACCAUUAUUGUAAGUGAUACAGUUGGUUUUCUCAUCUUGUCUAAAUUUCUGGACCACACAUGAUCAAUUAUUAGAAUUAUCUCAUUGACUGUUGAGGGUUACACUGAUUUAAGGUGAAGUUCAACUCAGUGGUUUGUCUGCAGGGACAAAUAAGCGCAUGGGAGGGAGUUCCAAUUCAGAGUUUUAUUCAGUUUGCAUUCAGCUGGUUUCUCUGAGAAAGGAGUGACAAAAGUAAAUUAGAUUAAAUACAAGCAUGAUCAAUAUCAUAAUUUCAAUCAAUUAUAUCAGAGAAAAUGAACUAAAAUGAUUCAAAUGUACGCAAACUAAGAAACAUCCUUUCUUAACUAUAAAAUUAUUUAUAAAUCAGGAUAAUUAAUCAAAGAUGAGUUGCAUAAAAAUUUAAACAAAGCAAACUCACAGGGUAAGCACGCAGUGAAUGAUUCUGGCGUGUUUCUCUCAGUCAGUGAGCUCUAUUGUCUCCUGUGUUCCCAGUAAGAGUUAGCAGCAGGUGAGCUCUCUGCCUUUAAUGACUCUGGGGCUCCUCCCCUGCAGGGAGCCCCAGAGUCAGGUAGGAGAGUCAGAGAAACUCAGUUUGUUGCUCUAAUGAAGGAUCCGUUGUUGCCUUUGUCUCGUAGGACGCAGGACAGAAGCAUUUUGGAGCGGCGGCCUGCAGUGUGUGUGGGAUGCUCUACUCGACUGCCAACCCUGAAGACGAAUCUCAACAUUUACUCUUCCACAACCAGUUCAUCAGCGCUGUCAAAUAUGUGGUGAGAGGACGUUUCCUCACAUGACAUGUCUAAUAUUUGUCACACCUGCUAUCUGACAACAUUGACUCAUAGGGGAGGGGCACUUACAGCAUACAGACAAUACUGUUUAUUAGAGUGUGGGUAUUAGAGCAACAAAAAUAAAGCACGCAUUUCUGAUUUUAGUGUGAGUGCUAUUUUUGAAGAUUUGCUUUAACACUUGACUUUUGAAGGGAAAAAAAAGUGUGAUUAAACUAUUAAAAAGGCUGACAGCUGAUUUUAAGAGCAGGAUAAAAGAGCCAGUUAUCAACUUAAUGGCUUAUAUUUUUAAUUCUUUCCUUCAUUUUGAUCUUAAUAAAACAGUAUUCACAGCAGUGAGCUUUAAUAAUUCACCCGGCUGUUUUACUGCAAGUUUAAAAAAAUAUAAAAGACCACUUGAAGCAAUCAAACCUGUGAAGAGCAGCAAGAGUAUCAUCAAAUAGCUAUAUGAGAAUUUGUGGAGCGCAAAAUGUCACUGUGGCAAACAAAGGAUGUGAAUCAAGAUGCAAGAGCCACAUGAAAAUAACUGUGUGUUUCUGUGACAUAAACUCUGAUUUUCCUUUUUUUUUCCAGGGAUGGAAGAAAGAGAGGAUCCUGGCUGUGUUCCCUGAUGGCAAGAUCAUUCUUGUCCUACCAGAUGAUCCCAAAUACGCCCUAAAGAAGGUAUAGUAUGUUUACAGAGUCUUAAUUAUUAUUAUUGAAGAGAAAAAGCUGUGUUUGAAGCACAUAUCAGCUGAAAGGCAAAUCAAAUCUGUUUUGUUUUGGACUGCUGUUUCCCGUUGGAUGAUAGGAUGGUUAAAGAUGCUUAAUUUCUGUUUUUUUAAUCAAGAAUUUUUUAACUUUUAAGGGUCUCAGGAAAGUUUUUGUGAAAUUCUGAAGAAACAUAAAACUCACAGAGGUUCAAAAAAGCGCACAGUAGUCUAUCUGGUCAAAGUUACUUUAACGGCAACAGUAUCCUGUAUGUUUUUACUGUAUAGUCACAGCCUUUAUAAUAUUGAUAAAGUAGCAAACAGCCAUAAACACACUGCUAAUACACAUUCUCCAGUCAUGUAAUAGUUUCCUGACUUGAGCAAACAAACACAGGAGUAUUAUCUCUUUAGUAAACAGUUCCUGUUUGCCUCUCAGGUGGAGGAGAUCAGGGAAAUGGUGGACAAUGACCUCGGCUUCCAGCAGGUGGAGACCAAGUGUCCCUCUAAAACCAAGACUUUCCUCUUCAUCUCCAACGACAAGAAAGUGGGUGGAUGUCUAAUAGCAGAGCACAUACAAGAGGUAAGAGACUUGUUUAGUUUUUGAUGCAAAAUCAAAUGAAAGAACAAGAGAUUGCAUUAGUUUGAGAGAAAUAAUCUUUACUCGCUCACUCACAGGGUUACAGAGUGAUCGAGGAACCCGCACCUGAGGGUUCAGAGGGAGAGAAGGUGAUGUUUGAACGUCAGAGAGCUUGGUGCUGCUCCACAACGCCAGAGCCGGCCAUCUGUGGCAUCAGCCGCAUCUGGGUCGUCAGCAUGAUGAGACGACAAGGAAUUGCCUCACGCAUGCUCGAGUGCCUCAGGUGAGCGUGUGCAAAAAUCUCAGAAUACUCACAACAAAUAAAAAAAUAAAUACUUCACACUUCAUUUUUGUUUUUAUUGCUUCUACAGGAACAACUUCAUCUACGGUUCAUACCUGAGAAAAGACGAGAUCGCUUUCUCCGACCCCACGCCCGAUGGAAAACUCUUCGCCACACAAUAUUUUGGCACUUCUCAGUUUUUGGUUUAUAACUUUGUGAGUGGACAUCCCUCAUCCCAGCCCAAAACUGACGCAGUAUGA